AUGUCUGAGCCAAUCAGGAAUAAGAAGGCCGAUUUCCCGGUCGCCCCGACCCCUCAAAACACUCCGGCCAACAAUGCUCCGAUCUCAUCUCACGCCCAGCAGCCUGGCGUGUCCAGUAUCAAGGAAGAGCCCAUGGACAGCGCCGCUGCCGCCUCUCUCUUUGCCCGUAACCCUGCCUUGAUCAACAUGAUCCAGGGUAAGCUUGGUCAACUCGUCGGUCGCUCAUCCGGCUACAUCGAGUCUCUUCCCCCCGUCGUCCGCCGCCGUGUGGCCGGCCUGAAGGGUAUCCAGAAGGAGCACGCAAAGUUGGAGGCUCAGUUCCAGGAGGAGGUACUGGAGUUGGAGAAGAAGUACUUCGCCAAGUUCACCCCUCUGUACGAGCGUCGGGCCACUAUCGUUAACGGUGGCAUCGAGCCCACCGAGGAGGAAGUCGAGGCGGGCAAGGAGGAUGAGGAAGAAGAUGAGGAGGAGACCAAGGAGACCGAGGAGCAGAAGGAGGAGACCUCCGCAGCUGGUAUCCCCGAGUUCUGGUUGUCGGCCAUGAAGAACCAGAUUUCGCUUGCUGAGAUGAUCACUGAGCGCGACGAGGAGGCCCUCAAGUCGCUCACCGACAUUCGCAUGGAGUAUCUCGACCGCCCCGGAUUCCGCCUCAUCUUUGAGUUCGCGGAGAACGAGUUCUUUACCAACAAGACCAUCACCAAGACCUACUACUACAAGGAUGAGAAUGGAUACGGUGGCGACUUCAUUUACGACCACGCCGAGGGGUCCAAGAUCGACUGGAAGGAUGACAAGGACCUGACCAUGCGUCUGGAGAGCAAGAAGCAGCGUAACAAGAACACCAAGCAGACCCGUAUUGUCAAGAUCAGUGUGCCCACCGAGUCCUUCUUCAACUUCUUCUCACCACCUCAGCCCCCUGUGGAUGAUGAUGAGUCGGUUGCCAGCGACAUUGAGGAGCGCCUGGAGCUGGACUACCAGCUGGGUGAGGACAUCAAGGAGAAGCUCAUCCCCCGUGCGAUUGACUGGUUCACCGGUGAGGCUCUGCAGUUUGAGGAGCUGGGUGAUGACAUGGAUCCCGAGGACUUUGAUGAUGAGGAUGACGAGGAUGAGGAUGAGGACGAGGAUGAGGAUGAGCGCGGUUCAGACCGGGACAUCGAUGAUGACUCGGAUGAGGAGGAUGGUACCUCCAAGCCCAAGAAGGAGGCUGCCGAGUGCAAGCAAAACUAG